GAUAAAUUUCUGCUCCUUUAUCUUUCCCUUCUCUCUCCUUCCCACAAACCGCGUCUCCGCUUCUCGAGCCCACCCACAAAUCUCCUUCGGAGAAGAGAGAGAGAGAGAGAGAGAGAGAGAGAGAGAGAGGCAGGGCAGCCAGAGGACGCACGCCUGCCCGGAUCAUAACCAAGUAGGUUUUAAUUUAUCCAGGAAUUUACAGAACAGUAAUGGAUUCAAAUUUGCCCGCUCAUCAAUCAUGGUUCUUGAUUCAUUAUCAUCGCCUCACAGGAGGUCGCAAAACACAUUCUUUCUGUCAUCUCCUAAGAAGCCUCAAUCAUCUCGUGAUGAUGUUGGUAGUUGGUCUGCCCUGGUUGAGCGGCAUCGCUUUCUCUUGACAACGCUAGUGGUGCUUGCCUUCCUGUGCACCAUAUAUCUUUACUUCGCGGUGACCUUGGGGGCACCACAAGCUUGCUCAGGGUUGACGGGCGAUGAAAUGACCGUAUGUCAGGAAAAAUCAGCCCUGCAACAUGGAAAGUUGAAAUAUGGCUAACUCCGCUUGACAGUUUACAAUGUGCUUGUAGUCCAAAUUUGUGUAUUCUUUAGUGGUGGAUGCUGAAAGGGCUUGUAUUGAUGCUGAUGUACAUUUUAAUGGAGUGAUAGAGGGGAUUGUUUGUGCUCUGAAA